GACUUGGGUUAUGAAGGUCAGGCACAUACUUGGUGGAAUGGUAGUAUACACCCUUUCUCUAUGAAAGAGAGAAUAUACAGAGUCUGGGUUUCCAUAACGUGGAUGUCACAAUUUUCAAAGAGUAAAGUCGUCAACACACCAAGUACAGAUUCAGACCACUAUCAACUUCUUCUUAAGAUAACGUCUGGAGGUGAUGAGGAG